AUGGCACGCCCAGACCGCACUCAGCUAGAGGGCAAGUACUUGUCACAGCUCCAACAGCUGCGCCAAGGACUUCCAGCACGUUUUCACCCAAAGCUUGACGAGGUGAUACCCAAGCUCCCCGAUCUCUUCGCCACAGUCCCCACAGAGUGGCCGCUCGUACCCAACCACAUCGACCUCCUCGAAAACAAUAUUCACGUUGAUCCCGCUACGGGCAGGAUCACGGGUAUCUGCGAUUGGAGAGGAGCCGAAGUCAGUCCCUUUGGCAUGUCGCUCGGGGCGGUCGAGAUCAUGCUCGGAACUCUCACCACAAGCGGAGAUUUCUGGCGCUACCAUCCAAAUCACAUGGAGCUCCGGGACUAUUUUAGGAAUCGCUUCUGCCACUACCUUGGAGGGACAUCGGACGAGGAGAAGCGUCGCAUUGAGACUGCCAGAGUCGUAGGUCUCUUCCUGGCCAACGGUUUCCAGAAUGGCAAGCCGGUGACCGAGGAGGGCGAGGACUUGGGAUUUCUCGGCGCCGUUCUUCAGACGGCACUUUACCCCUAA